AUGGAGGCGGGCCCGGGUCUGAGCCUGUUCCAGGGCUCGGAGAGCAUACAAUUGAACGCCCAGGGACUCGAGGAGGACGAGGAGCAGGAAGACAAGAGACGACUCAACGAGGAGAUUCAGGAUCGUCUGGAUAAGGAGUUUAAUGAUUUGGAAAAUGAUGACGAUGCCAGCUCCAUCAACAGCAGUCAUUUUCAAGAUGAUAGCACUAGGGACGACACCGAUCAUCCUGAUACGAUGGUCAACUCUGGUGUGGAAUUGAUGACGUCCGCCAAAGGCCAGAUAGCAGUAGUGCCACAUUUGCAGAAAGAGUUUGGAGGUGUUUAUGAUCGGUUGGAGAAUUUGAAUAGUUAUGAUUGCGUGGAUAAUUUGAACAGUUACGAUCGCGAUGUGAUCAUGAAUCAUAGAUCCGACUCUGAGACCGGUGGUAGUACCGCGCAAUCCGACUUUGAUCUAUACAAAACACCGUACGAUAACAAUAGAUUUAAUGACAGUAACAGCACUGUACUGGAAACGCCAUACGAAUUGACAAAACCGCCGACUGGAUACGUACGUAAGAUGCACCCGCAAGAAGAGUACACAUUCGGCGAAAAUUAUCCCUGUAACUACGAGACGCCAUCCAAUCAUUACAAUACUCACGUACCCCGGAAAUACUCCAAUAACGGUAUUAAUGAAGCAUAUGAAAAUAAUGUACAAAGUAAGCAGAUUCAUGAGUUUGGCGGAGGCGACAACGCUACAUCGGAUCACAUGAAUCAUUGCUAUAAGACUAGUCCGAAUGGCAGACCAAUAGAUGACGACGUAGCGUACAAAGUGGCGGAAUACAACAGUAAGGAACAAUUGGAGGUAAUGUAUAUGGUUCGAAUGAGGGAGAUCAACCGUUUGACGGAAGAGCUGCAGCAAUUGCAGCUGGAAAAGGAGGACGAGAAGAGUCAAAUGAGCAGAAAAUUGAUGCUGCUACAGGCAGAAGUUGAUAGAACCAGCAUAUCGAGGAAUCAAGCACAAGAAGCAUUGGUUGAUGCUAAGGCCGAGAUAGCGAAUCUGCAAAUGCAAAUGGAAUCACUGAAAGAGAAAAAUGCAGUUUUGGAGAAGACAAAUCAAAACAUAACGGAAGAAUUUAAUAUCGCGAGAGGCUCUGUCACAGAUUUGCAACAGAAGAUUGCCGUUUUGGAAAGAGCACAGGCGUUCCAAACGAAUGACAAGACACAUGAAAAGUUUUUGAAGCAGGCUCAAGAGAAGCACGCGGUUGAAAUGAAAAAUAUGCAGACUCAGAUAGAUGUUCUUACGGAUAAAUUAAACGCCAAGCUGCUCAAUAAGGACACCGACAACAAUAGUAUUUGGGAAACGUCAUGUGUUACUCUUGAACAUAAAUUGGAUGAUGCACGAAGAGCGCAUGAGGCUCUCAUGGUAGAGAAGGGUGACACCAUGAAUCGAUUGGCACAAGCAUUGCAAGACAGUCAAACCCAAUGUCGCAAUCUCAUGGCCACUAAUAACACUCAACAAGUGAUGCAGUUGCAAGCGCAAGUGAAAAUGUUAACUCAGGAAAAAGAAGAUUUGUAUAAAAACGUACAAGAGCUGCAGAACAAACUAGAAUUAGCUAAAAGCGACGUAGCGCAAUACGAUUCGUUAUUGGCUACUGCUUUGGAAGAGGAAUCUGACUCAAUUAGACAGAUGAAAUUAGGUGAACUGUAUAAUAAAUCAAAAUCGAAACCUGUUGAUGAUGUCACAAACAAAUUGAGAGGUGAACUACAUAGGUGUCUAGCUGGUCAAGCUGUCAAGAGAAAAGAAAUAAAUCGUUUAGAGAAUACUCUGGCACAGAAAGAAAAGGAAUUGAACAAAGCUUUGAUGUCGGUUGAUACUUACCGCCAGGAAGCGGUACAGUAUGCCAAGCGAACUAAUGAAUUGGAGGAAGAAUUGAGAUCUGUAUUAACAGACGAGGCCGUGAAAGCAAAUGCUAAGAUACAAAAACUUUCGGAUCAUUUGAAUGAAGUGAGGAAGCAGUACGAUUUGAUGCGCGAUAAGAAUAUUGAUUUGGAACAAAAAUUGAAGGAGGCCUUAGCCGUUAAUCAGGAAAAACUUAAAAGAAUGCAUCAGGAGAUUAUGGAGCAACAAGAAAAAGAAGUUAUUGAUGAGUAUAAUAAAGAGUACCUGGAGAUACAUGCUAAAGCCAUAGAGAGAGUGAAGCAAGAAUCACAAAUGGAAAUAGUACAAUUGUCUGUACAAUUAGAGCAAACGCAAAAAGAGUUAGAUCGUGUAAAAAAAAUGUAUAUAGAUGUCUGCGGAACAAAAGAACAAUUAAUAAACGAGCACAAAAACGAAAUUAAAAUGCUGAAAAAUAAAUACACUGCAGUGGAAUUGCAUCAGAAGGAUGUGGAGAAAUUAGAGAACGAAUUACAAACGCAGGUUAAAUUGUGUAAUAAGUUAACUGAAGAAUGCGAAGACUUUAAAACCAAAAUAAUUGAAUUAGAAAAAGAUCUGGUUUCUGAAAAAAGAAAAAAGGAGGAUUAUCUGAAAAAGAUACAUUUAGAGAUAGAAAGGACAAAAGAAGAAGCGUUACAUGAAUUGCGAAAUGCGCACCCAAAUCAAGAAAUCAGUUUUCUUCUGCCAGAUCAUUGUUCUGAACAUUUAGAAAAAAUUAAUCAGCUGGAGGAAGAUUAUAAGCGUUUAGAAGAGAAGCUUCAAAUUGCUGUGCAAGAACAGAAAAAAUUAUCCGAGUAUCAAACCGAAUUGGACGACGCCAAAUUGAAAAUAGCACAAAUGGAGAUCACUCAGGAAUCGUGGAAAAAGAAAUAUGAGAAAGUUACCGGUGAGAGGAAGGAUCUUCUUGCAAAAGUUUCCAAAUUAGACUUGGAACUGUUGAAUUUGAAACGCACGAAGUUGGAAGAUUCGGAUGACGUAAAAUUAAAAAUUGCUCGGUUCCAAGCGGAGAACGAGACAUUGAAAAAUCAAUGUGAGAAUCUGCUCAGCGAGAAAAACAAUUAUAAAGAGAAGAUCUUGGAGUUGGAAACGGAUCUCCUUGACACGAGAAAGAAAGUUAGCAAUUUUGAAGAAAGAUUACGGAAAAGCAGCGACAGUACAGUUAAUUCUAAGAAUGAGUUGGAGAAGGAACUUUCUCAUUACAAGGAUUUAGUCACACAAUUAUCCAGGCUGAAUAACUCGAAAGAAGGACGCGUGAAUGAAUUAGUGGUACUGGAGCAGAGGAUACAACAAUUCGAACAUGAUUUACGAAACAAGGACGAAAAACUGAACAGACUGUUAAAAGAUUAUAAAAUGAUAAAAGACGAAAGAGAUCAGCUGGUAAUAAAAUUGCGAGAUCAGGCCAAACAGUUUGAGCAAUAUGUCAAGAGUCAGAAUAAAGUGUCCGCAGAAUUGAAUCUGUCCCCUCGCAGCACGGGUGACAACACGGACUUUCAGAAGAUGAAAGAAAUUACGGCAAAAGAGAUGCGAGAAGAAAUGGAGCAAAGAGUAGCAAAGGAGCUCCGAGAAAUCGGAGAGCAGAAUAGAAAGAUAAAGAAAGAAUUAGAAGGGAAGUACAAAACUACCGUAUUAGAGUUGCAAAAGAAAUGCAACGAGAAGGAUCAUGAGAUGAAAAUUCUGCGAGAGGGAAUAACAACAGAGAAAAUGAAAAUGGUCAGUCGAGUUAGUCAAAUUGUAAAGAAUAAAUUAGAGACCUUCAAUCAAGAACUGCAAGUGCAAAAGCAGCAUAUCGAGAAACUGCAGAUGGAUUUGAAGAAAAAGGAGAAUCAAAUUGAAGAGGACAGAAACUACAUAGCCGAGAUAAUGAUCAAAUGGGCCACUGAACUGAAAGAGAGUGAAACUAAGGAAAGAGAGAAAGAGGAGGAGAUACAGAAAUUGAAAUCUAUCGAGGAAAAACUGAACGGUGAGAUCAAGCAAUUGUUAGAUAAACAGAUGCAUGUGAAAGAUAAAUAUCGAAAGGCGAAACAGACCGCGAAUAAUUACAAGAGUUAUGCGAAGAAAAAUCGGGAGUUUUUGUCGCGUGAGUGUAAACGUAUCCAGGAAGGAUACCAAAAAGCCAUCGAAGAAGCACAACAAAAUUGUCUGGCGCAUGAUGAGCAGUAUGCCACGAAAGCCAAGAAACUUAAGCAUCAGUAUGCAGAAAAAGAGCAACAAAUGCGACUUACACUGAAGUACAAAGAUAAAUGUUGAAGUACGUAUAUACUAAGUAUUCUCUAAAUAUAUGCAAUAUAGAUUUUCUCCGGUUAAGAUAAAGCGGUAGUUACAGAGGCUAGAUACCUUCUUUGUCUUUAAUUUAAAAGCACAUUGUAUAACCAGUUAAUUAGCGUUUUAUGUUAGGGACCAAUAUACGUGUAAGAUAACUACAAAACAAAUAUGUAUAAAUCAUAUAAUACGUUUAUAUCAUAUAAGCGUUUGCUUGCCAAUCUCGAGUCUCGACAGAGCGGCGGACAUUGAAGUACAAUUAAUCAUAAUAUAAUGAUACGCAUAUUAUUAGUCGGUAGGAAGAAACCGUUUUUACAUCAAUCCCAAUAUAGAAUCUCUAUUCUGGAAAAUCGUCGAGAUCGAGCUAUUGUCCUUUGCUCUCUCUUUCUCAUUCUACAUGCGGUCACAACAAAUAUACGUAGAAAGAAUGGUGCAAGAAAAUUUCGAUUUAUAAAGGGAAUUCGACUUACGAUAUUUCCAGAAUGGAAAGAGAUCCGCAAUAAAAGGGAACAGAAUAGGUUCUAUUUGUACACAUCACAAUUUUAUAAAUUGUCUGCAACUUAAGACGAAAUGAUACACAAACUCACGAACAAAAGGAAAAGCUUUAGUCAUGUGUUUUUGCUGAGCAUUAUUAUGACAUGAUAUGCAAGACUGGAUCUCUCUGUUGGAUCUUUCUCUCUUUUUUUUCUCUUACGGAAGUAAGCGCUCUAUAAGGAGAGAAAAUCGAAACGUAGAUUUUAAGGAAAACUUUUAAUUUUCAUUUCCCUUUCCUUCUCUUUUCCCAGCGAACUGAAAAUUUCUCGCUACUCGAUCAACAUUUCUUUUCACGACCAUUAAAGAUUUGUUUAUAUUUCGUGCGCAUAUCGUGCUAGGAAGAAUACGAAUAAUAUCGAGAUUGUACAUAUGGCUUUUAGAAACUCUUGUUUCAUAUAUGACAUGUCUUGUAAGUAGACAAAACAUUUUUUAUCGCGUUGAACAGCAGGACUGAGUAACAAAGAUCUAAUUAAAGUUAAUCUUUACUCUUAAAUGUGUUACUUUAAAAGUACAUUUAAACCGUUAACAUUUAGAUUUGAUAUAUAUUCGUAUCUUUUUUUUAUUGAAAAUAUGAUAAAUGUAGGUUUUAUUGAAAUGUGACAAAGUAUAAUCUUUUAAUUAAAUGAUUCAGAUGUCAAAAUUCAUCGAAUCUCUUUUCUUCGUUUCUUUCUUUUUUUUUCUCUCUUUAUCUUUCAAUUUACUUUAUUACGCAAUUGUGUGCAAUCUCAGAGAAUGGCCAAUUACGUAUCGGCUUGUAAGAAAAUCGCGGAAUAUAUAAUAUAAAUUAAAUAAAUCUCUGUAUAUCUCUUUUAGAAGAUCUUGGUAAGAUUAUUCCGGCAUCGAUGCAUCGCAUGUCGUACGUUUAAAUAGGUAAACAUUAGUUUGACCAGUGUCGUCACUGGACAGAAGUAUUAUUAAUAUUAGUUAUUGUAUUUUUGUAUGUAGAAGAAUUAAUUUAUUUUUUGUAAUAAAGAAUUUAUGUCGCUGUCGAA